CGUAACAAACACACCGAUAAAGAAAGGCGGGCCGGACUCGGCGUAGAGAAAGUUGUGGGAGAUCGCAGCGCCGCAGAAGAAGCGUUAGCAUCACCUUCAAUCAGCUAUGGAUUCGUCUUCCCAUCCCUCACAGACGGGUGACGUUGCUUGGAAACACAAGAGAGGACCCCCUUUCGCGUUAUUUGUUCCUCUUAUUUAUGCCCCUAUUCUUCCCAUCAUUCGAAUCACGCUGCGGAAGAAUCCGGUUCUGAGGGACCGCUUGUUCUAUGGUGUGUUGGCCGGCGCAUUCGGUCAUGGUUUGUAUUUGAUAACGGAUUUAUAUGAUACCGAGAAAAAGUGAAAUGUGCAGAUCAUGGAUUGGGAAAGUCUAUUUGCUUACACCUCUUCAAGAACUUACUAGAUUGUGAAUCUUAUGCAGCUCUGAAUACUCUGUAACAGCAGGACUAGUUCUUGUUCUUAUCUUUUUUUUUUUUUUUUGAUAAGCAAUUUUGGAAUUGUAUUCUUAUCAUGCCUUCUAAGGUGGAAUGAUGGCAUAUUUGUAUGAGAUGACAUGGUGAAUAAAACGAGGAAGCUGCUGUUUGCUAAGUUGCAAA